UGUUGUUCCUUCAGUGUGUCUAGUAGAGAGAGAGAGAGGGAGAGUAGACGUGUUGGCUGGGUUAUUUGUCAUUAUUAUAUCUCCCAGCCUUAAGAUUGUUCAAUAUGUUAUAGGCAACAUUACGUGAAUCACAAUAAACAUUAAUGGUAAAUUCUGUGUGAGUUUUAGGUAAGGUAAAGGAUUUUGUUAUAUAUACAGAGGUCUCAGUUAAACAGGCAAAAUGGGGAAGAGACAACACCAGAAAGAUAAAAUGUACCUGACCUCUACGGAGUGGUCAACACUGUAUGGUGGGUACAAGGCCUCAUCCCAUGCAGGGGCAAAAGCAAACUUCCGAAGGCUACCCUUAACCCACUGUGCUGUCUCUCUAUUGCCUUUUAGUCACCCAUACAUUGACCCCAAGGGAAAUGUAUUUGACCUUGAGGCCAUUCUUCCAUUUUUACGCAAGUUCAAAGUGAAUCCAGUUACAGGGGAGCCUUUAAGCGAAAAACAGUUGACAAAGGUAACCUUUCAUCGUGCAGCCACUGGGGAGUACCACUGUCCUGUGCUGUACAAACCUCUCACCAACACUUCCCAUGUUGUAGCUGUGAAAGCUACUGGGAAUGUUUUCUCAUAUGAAGCUGUAGAACAACUGAACAUUAAGGUUAAUAACUGGAGAGAGCUGCUUACAGACAAGCCAUUCACUAGAGAAGACCUUAUCAUCAUUCAGAACCCACAAGACCUAAGCAAGUAUAACAUCAGCAAAUUUCAUCACAUCAAAGAUAACCUCAAGGUUGAAAAUGAAGAAACAGUUCAAGCGCGCUCAGAUGCAUCGAUGCGUUUGAAAAAUGUAUCACAAGACACAAAGCAAAUUUUGGAUGAAUUCAAACGCACAUAUAAAGAAGCAGAUAAUAAAGAAGAGGCUGAAGAAAGAGUUGCAGAUAAGUUUAAUGCAGCCCACUACUCAACUGGGAAGGUAUCUGCCAGCUUUACCUCAACCUCUGUUGACGUGGAGACCAAGCAUGAAGCUGCAGUGCUGGAAGAUGAUGUUGUAAGGUACCAACGAGUUAAGAAAAAAGGAUAUGUAUCACUGAAAACUAACCUUGGCACUCUGAACUUGGAAGUAAACUGUGACUCAGUGCCCAGAGCCUCAGAAAACUUUUUAAGACUCUGUGACAAGGCAUACUACAACGGCACUAAGUUUCAUCGUUCAAUUCGUCAUUUUAUGAUACAAGGUGGAGAUCCAGAAGGCACUGGAAAGGGUGGAGAAAGUAUAUGGGGAGGCACAUUCAAGGAUGAAUUUCGCCCUAACUUGUCUCAUAAAGGUCGAGGCGUGCUCUCCAUGGCCAACUCUGGACCUAAUACCAACAAGAGUCAGUUUUUCAUCACAUAUCGUUCGUGUGCCCAUCUUGAUGGCAAGCACACAAUAUUUGGCCGUGUAGUUGGAGGUUUGGCAACAUUGUCUGCCAUGGAGGCCAUUGAAACUGAUAAUAAAGAUUCUCCAAUUGAAGAUAUUAUUUUGGAGGAAACAUCUAUUUUUGUGGACCCAUUCAAGGAAGCUGAUGAGGAGCUUGCAAAAGAGCGAAAAAUUGACUUUGAGAAGCGAAAAGCUGAAGAAGAUGAGUUGAAGAAUCGAAAACGUCCAAAGAUUAAAGAUGAUCAGCUCAAAGUGUUCCGUUCUGGAGUGGGCAAAUUUUUAGACUUGUCUGUGGCAUCAGUGUCGAAAGAAGAGGCUAAUGUAGCAACACAUCAGCAGAAGAAAAAGAAGGAAUCAACAUAUGGCUUCAAUGACUUCAGCAUUUUCUAAUAAUUUCAGUUAAUAUUACUACCUAAUACUGUGUACUGUAUUGUUUAAGGACUAAGGAAACUGGUAACUUCCCUAGGGGCUUUAUACUUGUAAAAUAAAUACUUGUACAUUUAACAGAAGUUUAUUUUUUAAAUGAUUCUACCAGUACAGUAAACCCUCGCUACUCUGAUUUUAUUUAUAUAUUAAAAAAAAAAGGGUAAUCUGGACCUAAUCAGGCCCAUUAUUGAUCUUUUAGGAAAAAUUAGCCCCAUCAAUUUUGUCACUUAAUUUAGAUGCCACAUAGUCCAUAUGGAUUCUCUACUAGAAAGUGCAAGAAUAUAAUGGAACAGAAUAUGAGUAGAGAAGCUGGAGUUACCAUGUUUACAUUACUGCAUCAUGUCCUAGAAAACACUCCCCAAAUACUCUAUACAAUUGUGAUACAGUAUUCUUGAUAAACUUGCCCUUCAAUUAAUCGAGAUAAUCAAGGGUUUACUGUAAUUAUGUUUGUAUGCCAACAAAAAGCAAAGUGUAGAACUGUAUUGUGGUGCCUUUGUUAGGAUUUAGGUUUUUGAGAUGUAAUUCACCUUUUCUUGUGCUAAUGAAAAUGAUAUUGGCUAGAUCCCACGCCCCCCAGUAAUAUGAGGGUCCAUAUUCAUUUUAAGAUCACUGGGUCAGUGGUUAAGACCUUUUACUUCUUUAACUUUUAUUUUUGUCUUUAAAUCAUAACUCAAGUUAUCCAGGCACCAAUAAAAUAAUGUAUAUUU